AUGGCCUCUGAACACGAUGAGCGUCUGCCCACGCUCCUAUCCUCUCUCCCUCCCUCAUCCUACUACUUCUCCCUCGAAUUUUUCCCUCCCAAGACAUCCUCUGGCUUCUCCAACUUGCAGGCGCGUCUUGCUCGCAUGGCCACAGCCCUACGCCCUUUGUUUGUCACUGUGACCUGGGGCGCAGGCGGCUCUACAGCUACAAAGUCCCUCGAAUUGGCCGAAGUAUGUCAACGACAAAUUGGGCUCACGACCGUGCUGCAUUUGACCUGUACCAACAUGAGGAGGCAUAUGAUUGACGAGGCAUUAGAGGAGGCCAAAGAGAUUGGGAUCAGAAACAUUCUGGCCUUGCGAGGAGAUCCACCUCGGGAAGAAUACAAGGAUGCUACGUCCACAGACGAGAGUGAGAGUGGCAGUGGCGGUUCGGGAACAGAGAGUAACCAAGAGUUUACGUGGGCUGCAGAUUUGGUUCGAUAUAUCCGGCGAAAACACGGCGACUAUUUCGCAGUCGGUGUUGCGGGUUAUCCAGAGGGUCAUGCAGAUGAAUCGCAUCCGGAGCAAGGGAAACAGAGUGUCGAACAUGAUUUACCAUAUCUUGCCGAGAAAGUCGCGGCUGGCGCCGAUUUCAUCAUGACACAGCUCACCUACGAUAUCGAGGCCUACGCCGCAUAUGAGAAGAGAUUGAGGGGGUACACUGGCCAGGAUGGGAAGAAGUUGUUCGACAAGAUCCCCAUCAUCCCCGGCCUGAUGCCCAUCCAGUCCUACCAAAUCAUAAAACGAAUCACCAAACUCAGCCACGCGAAACUGCCCGAGAAAAUCUCUCAGCGGAUUGAACGUGUGAAAUCGGACGACGAGGCGGUAAAAAAGGUCGGGGUCGACAUCCUUUCGGAGCUCGUUGAAGAAAUGAAGACGUUGCCGCAGCCAGAAGCUGUUCCUAGGGGGUUUCAUUUCUACACCUUGAACCUGGAGAAGAGUGUAUCAUUCAUUUUAGAGAGGACAGGGCUGAUCCCCGCGAUCUCGAGUGAGGGAAGCGUUGAAGACAAAGACGGAGACUCAGAAUCGGAUUCAGAUGUGGUUGUUGACGACAGCAAGCAAGAGACUCCGGCUAUCGUCACAACAGGGCCCGUGGAGAACGGAAACCAAAAUGGGCAGCAAUCAUCUAGCUUCACACGGCGAAGGAGAAGUUCUGUCAAUGCACAGCCCCACAACCGUGUAAUAACGGAUGGCAGGUCUGAACCCCGGACACAAUCUCGUCGACCUGACUCGGACAGUGACCCUCCUGGCCUGGAACCCAAUCCAAAUCUAAAACUGACGUCUCAACAUUCAGCAAGAGACCGCGGCACUGGCAUUCCUGCUGCCUCCCCCACUCGGAAGCAUAGCCUGCUCAUAUCUGAGGGGCAAGGUUCUUUAGGUCGCGAAGCAACCUGGGACGAUUUCCCUAAUGGUCGCUGGGGGCCCUCUCAUUCACCUGCGUUUGGAGAGAUUGAUGGGUAUGGGCCAAGUCUGAAAGUGAGUCCGCUCAUGGCAAGGAAGCUGUGGGGCUAUCCGAGGAGCAGAGAGGACGUCACAAAGCUGUUCAGACGCCAUGUGUUGGGAGAUCUAGUGGCCGUACCAUGGAGUGAUGAUAUUGACCCGGAUCUCGCCUCUCCUGGCGCCGCAUCAGCCGAUGGGUCCGGGAACUCGAGUGCGCUACGUGCUGAGACGGAUGUGAUUCGGUCUGAGCUCCUAUCCCUCAUCAGCAGCCAGAACUACUGGACCCUUGCCUCUCAACCCGCUGUCGAUGGCGCGCCUUCAUCUGAUCCUGUCUUCGGCUGGGGACCUCCGGGAGAAGGGUACGUCUUCCAAAAAGCAUUUGUAGAGUUCUUCUGUGGUCGAGACGAGUGGGAGGAGAAGCUGCGGCCCCGUUUGAUGAAAUACGGGAGUGAUGUGCUCGGUUGGAUGAAGACAGACGCCGAAGGGGUGUUUGAAAGCAGUGAGCUUAUUGCUCGGGAUCAAGCUCGAAAAAAGAAGGCGGCGGCGGUGGAUACCGAGAAGGAGAACACUAAUCCAGCCUCUCUUGUACAAUUUGCAGACCAGCGACCCGUUCCUUCGGCCUCGUCUUCCUCACCGGAAAACACGGUCAACGCAGUGACAUGGGGUGUAUUCCCUUCGCGCGAAAUCUUGACUCCGACCAUUAUUGAGGCUGAAUCAUUCCGUGCUUGGGCACAAGAAGCCUACGCGAUAUGGAAUGAAUGGAAGCGUUGCUUCCCUAGAGGGAGCCAAGAGGCAUUGUUCUUGGAGAAGAUGGGAAAGGAGAAUGUGUUGGUCAACGUCGUGGGGCAGUCCUUCAGAGGGGGGCAUGGCGGUGGAAAGGGAGAAGGGGCCAGCCUAUGGAGGAUAUUGUUGGCCGAAGACGGGGAUGCUAAGUGA